AAAACUCAUCCCAUUCCAAAUUCUCCAAACUUACAACAUUUAUAUGUUAGAUUUUCUUAUUUCCUUAACCAAGUCAUUUGAACACAAAACUAAACAUGGAGGUCUUCUAUCUCUAUCUCUUUUGCCUUUUCACUCUCUUUAUGUCGCUCGCCCUUUAUUUCAUCUUUUACAAGCGAAACUCCAGCAGCUUAAUCGGAACCCUACCUCCGGGCAAAACCGGAUGGCCGUUCAUCGGAGAAAGCUUCGAGUUUCUCUCAACAGGUUGGAAAGGUCACCCUGAAAAAUUCAUAUUUGAUAGAAUGUCUAAGUAUUCGUCUAGUGUCUUUAAAACUCAUCUUUUAGGUGAAAAAGCAGCAGUCUUUUGUGGUCCAACGUGCAAUAAAUUCUUGUUUUCUAAUGAAAAUAAACUUGUACAAGCUUGGUGGCCAGAUUCUGUAAACAAAGUAUUCCCAUCUUCAACUCAAACUUCAUCAAAAGAAGAAGCAAUUAAAAUGAGAAAAAUGCUUCCAAAUUUCUUCAAGCCAGAGGCAUUACAACGUUAUGUUGGUAUCAUGGAUCAUAUCACGCAACGCCAUUUUGCUUCGAGUUGGGAAAAUAAGAGCCAAAUCGAAGUUUUCCCACUAGCAAAACGUUACACCUUUUGGCUAGCCUGUCGAUUAUUUGUAAGCGUGGAAAAUCCUAACCAUGUCGCGAAAUUUGCUGAUCCUUUUAAUGUUUUAGCUUCUGGAUUGAUUUCUAUCCCUAUAGAUUUGCCUGGAACGCCAUUUAAUCGCGCGAUUAAGGCCUCGAAUCUAAUUAGGAAGGAGCUUUUGUUAAUUAUUAAGCAAAGGAAAGUUGAUUUGGCUUUAGGGAAAGCAUCACCAACACAAGAUAUAUUGUCACAUAUGCUUUUGACAAGUGAUGAAAAUGGGAAAUUCAUGAAUGAAUUGGAUAUUGCUGAUAAGAUUUUAGGAUUAUUGAUUGGUGGACAUGAUACUGCUAGUUCUGCUUGUACAUUCAUUGUGAAGUAUCUUGCUGAACUUCCUGAGAUCUAUGAAGGAGUUUACAAAGAACAAAUGGAAAUUGCAAAGUCAAAAGCAGCUGGUGAGUUAUUGAGGUGGGAUGAUAUUCAGAAGAUGAAGUAUUCUUGGAAUGUUGCAUGUGAAGUUUUGAGACUUGCCUCACCCCUUCAAGGUGCUUUUAGAGAAGCUAUUAAUGAUUUCAUGUUCAAUGGUUUCUACAUUCCCAAAGGAUGGAAGGUAAUUUUUUAUAUAAGAGAAACUCCUAAUAAUAUAUGAUUUUCUUGAAAAUUUUUUGUAUUAAAUGGAUUUAAUGAUAGUUUAAUUUUUCUUACCAUAUGAGUAUAUUUUAACAUAUUAUAGCAGGUAACAUCAGCGGCCAACCCAUGAUUUUUACGUGAUGGGGUACAGUAUACUGCUCAACUAGUAAAGGCUUUUAGUGUUGAGGGUGCCUA